AUGCCCGGGGCCAGGGACGCGCUCUGUCACCAGGCGCUGCAGCUGCUGGCCGAGCUCUGUGCCCGUGGGGCCCUGGAGCACGACAGCUGCCAGGAUUUCAUCUACCACCUGCGGGACCGCGCCAGACCCCGGCUCCGCGACCCAGAUAUCUCGGUGAGCCUGCUGACCCUUGUGGUCACUGCCUGCGGCCUCGCGCUCUUUGGGGUGUCUCUCUUCGUGUCUUGGAAACUCUGCUGGGUUCCGUGGCGAGAACGAGGCCUGCUGUCUGGUAGCAAAGACAACAAUCGGGAACCUCUUAACUACACGGACACAGAGACCAAUGAGCAGGAGAACAGUGAGGGCUUCCUAGACCCUCCCACCCCCUGCCCUGACUCCUCCAUGAAGAUCAGCCACACCUCCCCUGACAUUCCCCUCUCGACCCAGGCCAGGGGCCAGGAGAACUGUGCCCAUGGCAUCCAUGUGCAGCGCCAAGUCACAGCGCCAAGCUCGUCGGCUCGGCAUAAUUCAAUCCGAAGACAACUCAACCUGUCAAACCCGGACUUCAAUAUCCAGCAGCUUCAAAAACAGGAACAGUUGACUGGAAUUGGUCGAAUUAAACCAGAGUUAUAUAAGCAGCGGUCACUGGAUACUGAUGAUGGGACAAGGGGUAAUAGCAAAGCCUGUGGGAAACUGAAUUUCAUUUUAAAAUAUGACUGUGACUUAGAGCAGCUCAUAGUGAAGAUUCACAAAGCUGUCAAUUUGCCUGCCAAGGACUUUUCUGGGACUUCAGAUCCUUAUGUCAAGAUCUAUUUGCUUCCUGAUCGGAAAACCAAACACCAGACUAAAGUUCACAGAAAGACCCUGAACCCUGUGUUUGAUGAAGUGUUUUUGUUUCCAGUACCCUACAAUGACCUUGCGGCCCGGAAGCUUCACUUCUCUGUGUAUGACUUUGACAGGUUCUCUCGCCAUGACCUAAUUGGCCAAGUGGUGGUGGAUCACUUCUUAGACUUGGCUGAUUUCCCCAGGGAGUGCAUCCUUUGGAAGGAUAUCGAGUAUGUCACCAACGACAAUGUGGAUCUUGGAGAGUUGAUGUUUUCCCUCUGCUAUCUUCCAACUGCUGGCAGGCUGACCAUUACCAUUAUAAAAGCAAGGAAUUUAAAGGCAAUGGACAUAACAGGAGCAUCAGAUCCCUACGUAAAAGUGUCGCUGAUGUGUGAUGGCAGACGACUGAAGAAGAGGAAAACAUCCACCAAGAGGAACACUCUGAACCCUGUUUACAACGAAGCCAUAGUCUUUGACGUCCCUCCCGAGAACAUUGACCAAAUCCACUUGUCCAUAGCCGUCAUGGACUACGAUCGUGUAGGUCAUAAUGAGAUCAUCGGCGUGUGUCAAGUAGGCAACGAAGCUGAGAGGCUGGGCAGAGACCACUGGAGUGAAAUGCUGUCGUAUCCUCGGAAGCCCAUCGCACACUGGCAUUCCCUGGUGGAGCUCCUGGUAGAGCUCUCAGAGGAGUCUGUGUGGGUGGGGGCUCAUGAUACCGCCUGCGCCAGCCAGUAG